UUGCAUCAAACCAAAACACUAAAACCACAAUGGCAUUCAAAUUCGUCGUCUUCGCCGCCGCCUUGGCUUGCGCCAACGCUGGACUCCUCGGCGCCCCUGUGGCCUACUCCGCCGCCCCCGCCGUCAGCACCGCCUACUUGCAGCACGCUGCCCCCGUCGUAGCCGCCGCCCCCGUGGCCUACGCCAGCCCCGCCAUCGGCGCCUCCCACCAGAGCGUCGUCCGCUCCCCAUUGGGCAACCAAGCCGUCUCCCAGUACACCAAAUCCGUAGACACCCCCUUCUCUAGCGUGCGCAAAUUCGACACCCGCAUCACCAACGACGGUUUCGCUGUCGCCGCCCACGCCGCUCCCGUCGUGUCCACCUACGCCGCCCACGCUCCAGUCGUCUCCACCUACGCCGCCCACGCUCCAGUCGUCUCCAGCUACGCCGCCCACGCUCCAAUCGUCUCUAGCUAUGCUGCCCAUGCCCCAGUAGUCUCCAGCUACGCCGCCCAUGCCCCAGUAGUCUCCGCCUACGCCGCCCACGCCCCCGUCGCCGCCGUCGGAUACUCGCCCUCCGCCGUUGUGUCUCAUGCUACCUUCAACGGUUUGGGAGCCUCCUACGCUUGGUAAAUGUGCACGUGGGAUGAGUAGGGAUGUUUGUACAGGUUGAAUUAUUUAUUGUUGAAUAAAGUAAUUUAAAUUA